AUGAGCAACCCCCUCGCAUCCAAAACCCAGGGUCAGAAGAUCUUCGAGAAGCUCAAGGCCCACCGCUCCAAUAAGAUCUGCUUCGACUGUGGCGGAAAAAACCCGACGUGGGCGUCGGUGCCCUUCGGAAUCUACCUCUGCCUUGACUGCAGUGCUCACCACCGCAACCUCGGUGUCCAUAUCUCCUUUGUCCGCUCCACCGUUCUGGAUCAAUGGCAAUGGGAGCAGCUCAGGACGAUGAAGGUCGGCGGGAACGAGUCGGCGACCAAGUACUUCCAGUCGCACGGGGGCUCGGCAGCUCUUGCGUCAAAGGAUCCAAAGGUCAAAUAUGGAUCUAGCACAGCAUCAAAGUACAAAGAGGAGCUCAAGAAGCGCAGCGCGGAGGACGCGAAACUGUAUCUGGGUGAAGUCGUGGUUGAGGGCGGCGACGAGCCGGCCACCCCCGCUGAGACAGAGGAUGACUUUUUCUCAUCGUGGGAUAAGCCUUCGAUUAAGCGACCCACGCCCCCGCCUUCACGCACGGCGACACCACCGGUCAUUGGGCGCACUUCAUCACCCUUGGUUGCUAAUGCCGCCGGCGGCGCUGAUAUCGCGAGGACAAAGUCACCACUGACGUCCGGCGGUUCGACCCCGGCGACCACUCCCCCCGUUUCUCGUACUACGACCUCUUCCGCGCUCCGCACAAAGGCAGGUGGUGCGUCUGCGGCUGGGGCCCGCCGUACUGGUGUCCUAGGCGCAAAGAAGCCGCAGAAACUUGGUGCCAAGAAGGUUACCGGUGGUGAUGUCCUUGACUUUGAGGAGGCCGAGAAGAAGGCAAAAGAGGAAGCGGAGAGGAUCGCAAAGUUGGGAUACAACCCCGAUGAUGAGGUGAAGGACACCAAGGCCAAGCCUCUCAGCCCGGUUCCUGCGUCUAGCACUGCCUCCCACCAGAGGCAGAGCAGUGAAACCGAGAGAUUGGGAUUGCAGAUGGGACGACUUGGGUUCGGGCAGACUGCUGGCGCUGCUGUAGCGAAGCCGGCUGCGAAGAAUAUGGGUGGUUUCGGAUCUGUUGGGCCUGUUAAGGCUGCUGUUGAAGAUGAUGACGAGAGAUAUGCUCGUACCAAGUUUGGUGCUCAGAAGGGUAUCUCUUCUGAUGAGUUCUUUGGAAAGGGAUCGUUUGAUCCCACAGCGCAAUCAGAAGCCAAGACCCGUCUUCAAGGGUUUGAGGGCGCCAGUGCUAUCAGUAGCAGCCAAUACUUUGGCCGUGAUGAGGAUGAACGUGCAGGCAGCGCCGGAGGUGACGAUUUCAGCAACCUUGAAGUUACCGCCAGGGAAUUCGCCAGACGAUUUGCAGGCACUGCCAGCGAGGACUUGGAGAACGCCGCGGCAGCGCUCGGGCAAGGUGCUAGUAGACUGCAGGAUGUCGUCAGGCAGUACAUGCGAUAG